UGAGAGAUAAGGUGUCCAAUAGGUGGCUGUAGAGAGGUGCCUGAGAGAUGAAGUCUGCAGCCAGCUGCCAGUCGAAGCCUUCAUAAAAUUAUGCAUGCACUCGAGCCGAAGUCCAUCAGCCAACUUUUUACUUACGUAUUUCACUGCAUUUAAAAACAAACGGGAAUAUUAUUAUAUUAUUUCACAUUUUGUCCACAAAGUAUUUUAGUCUCGCAGUUAUCUGUUGACGGAGGAACCGCGUUUUAUUUGGAACAUUUUAUUUUGGUGACCUACUAUGCAGCCAUUGCGGUAGCUAAAUGUUAGAAACACUAUGGAAGACUGGGACACCAGAGCAAUUCUUCCUGAGGAUAUUCUAUCGGGGCUAUCAUCUACAGACAACGACAGAACGAUAAAUGACACAGUUUCCCAAAACGAGGUUCAGAAGAAGGAACAUAUUUGCUCAAAACAGCCGCCAUUCGCCUGCCCGCUUUCAGUUUCUGUAGAACCCGUGAUGUUCUUGUCUAUGUUUUCGCUGUCUCUUCAGUGGCCGCUGUCGACCCAGUACUUGUGGGACCGCAUAAGCGAAGAUCUCGGCUACAAUGGGUCAAAAUCAAAUGGGGGUUGCAACAUUUCCGGGCCCCCGGAUCCACUUCAAAAGGAAGUGGAGACCCUGACAGCCCACUGGAACCUGUACAUCAACCUGGGAGGGUUUGCAGUGGGGCUGUUGGUGGUGACCUUGCUGGGCUCCUGGAGUGACAAGGGGGGGCGGCGGCCUGUGCUCAUCUUGCCCUGCCUGGGUCUGGCCCUGCAAGCUGGGGUCUACCUGGUGGUCAUGUAUCUCAAGCUUCCCGUUGCCUGGUUCCUCCUGGGCCGGAUGCUCUCUGGCCUCUCAGGUGACUUCAACACAAUACUGGCAGGCUGCUUUGCCUAUGUGGCCGACACAAGUGACAGGGCCUCCCGGACCUUCAGGGUAGCAGUGCUGGAGGCCUGUCUGGGACUGGCUGGCAUGCUGGCCAGUAUCAUAGGUGGGCAGUGGCGACAAGCACAAGGGUACAUUAACCCCUUCUGGCUGGUCCUGGCCACUAACCUGGCCGCUGCCCUCUAUGCCUACCUGUUUGUCCCUGAGUCCAUCACCACUGACCCCAGCGCCAAAUUACUCACCACCCGCCAUCAUCGCGCCGUCUACCGCCUAUACUCGGCACUGGGCGACUCCGCCGUGGCUGGGGGUUACCCAAAAUGGAGGAGGUACAAGCUGUGGUUCUACACCUUGUGUUUCUUCCUGGUGGUGACGGUGCACUUUGGCAGCCGGGAGCUCUAUGUUCUGUAUGAGCUCAGCUCUCCGUUGUGCUGGGGCUCGGGGUUAAUCGGCUGGGGCUCUGCUGCCCAGAACCUGGCCUACCUGAGCAGCCUUCUGGGGUUGAGGGCCAUGCAGCGCUGUCUACAGGACUCCUGGGUGGCCCUGGUGGGACUGACGUCUAACAUCAUUGGCCUGGUGGUCAUCUCGCUGGCCAACACUACUGGGCUCAUGUUCACAGGCUAUGGGCUGUGCUUCCUCCACAUGGCUGUCACUCCUGUCCUCAGAGCCAAACUGUCCAAACUGGCGGGGCCUGAAGAACAAGGUGCUCUGUUUGCCUCUGUGGCCUGUGUGGAGGGACUUUGUUCCCUGGUGGCCAGCAGCAUGUUUAACUCUCUGUACCCAGCCACACUGCACAUCAUGAAGGGAUUUCCCUUCCUCUUAGGAGCUUUCGUGCUCCUCAUUCCUGCUGGGAUUAUUGGGGCGGUGGAGUGUCAAGAUAAAAGUCCACACAGAACAGAAGACUUGGCAACAUCCUGAUACUGACAGAACGGACAGCCUGUGUGUCUGGACGACUGAUGCUCCUGAUGCCCAACCAACACAGCUGAAGAUGAACAUGUACUGGACACCUAACACGUAAUUGAAUUAUUCUGAACACCGUAUGGCUCGAAGCACUGCUUUUGACUAGUGCAUACUCAGCAAAGCAGGCCGGCUGACUGACGGUCAGUGGGAUGCAGUGGCUUCACCUCCAAAAUACCAUGACCAAAAGGCUUGUUCAACCCCGUGACUGACAUACAGCACAUCCAUGUCAUUGAAGACCAGAAGAGAAAGGCCUUCCCUAUUGUAUUUUAAACUGAAAAUCAAAUUGAGCUGACACUCACUUGUGGUCAAAUAUGAGCCACACUGCUAUAUCAGACUAUCCAAGGGUAAGCAGAAAAUAGAUGACUCAAAAAAUCUCAUUCAAUAACCGUGUAUCUUGAUUUCACAAUAGGCCAGCAGCAGAUCAUUCGGCUUGAGACCAACUUGUCCAGACUCAACCAUUAGUAUCUUGUAACAUAACCAGACCCUAACACAACCAGACCCAUCGGCUUCUAGCAGCAGUCAGGGAUUAUUGAGUUACAUUGCUUACAGUUUACUGUCAUCUUUCCAUGCAUAGAUAGCCUAGUGUAAACUCCCUUAAGUGCCCUUACACUGCAACCCUGUCACCCCUUCAUACAACAGUUGGCAAGGCCAGUCGGUGUGUGACCUGGGUUCAACUGUCAGUAGCCCAGGUAGGCAACCAGAUCUCUUCUAGCACAUAAAAGGGUCCAGUGGAAGUAAGGAGUUUAAGCCGGGGGAAGGGUUCAACUGUCACUUAGUAUUUGGGAUAAUUUAUUUUGAUCUGGUCCAGAGAGCAAAGGACAGUGAAAGGCCUAAGGGCUUCCAGUACUUUUAAAUCAUGAAACCAACUAAAAGCACUGACUGGAAGUUGCCCUGUGUAAGAGGUUCUGAUAUUACUCAAAUAAAUGUCAAUUGAUUUUCUGCGCUGUGCAGUAUUACAGAUUUUUAAAUAAAUCCACAGAUAAAGCUACAGGUUUUUAAAUACUAUAAAUAAUAUUUUUAAUUAAAAGAAAGGAACAAGGGGCCUCAGAGUAACAAAGUGGUCCAUGUCACUGGCAUUGUGGCCAAGGCAUAUUAAACUCUUCAGUAAAGCAUGACAAAGUAAUGGUAUUUCAUCAGUGUCACAAUACAUUUUGAGUUAUUAAUGCGUCUUUAAGCUGCUAUGAAAAUGUUAUCAAUUACAAGGCAAUAUAAUGGUUAUUACAUGUAAAUGUUAAGCUCAGUGUUACCUUGUAUUUUAAAUAACAAAAAGAAUAACCGAUUAGCAUUAUACUGGGGGUUAGUUGUUUUUAUUAAAUCACUGUAUGGUAAAAUGACAACACUGCCAGAAUCUGAAAUAAAAAACUUGUAUUGAGAGAAACGUGAUACAUGUAUAUAUCCAGAAU